AUGGAGAAAAAAGACGAUGAUCAGGGCCAUGAGUUUUCCAACGACCCUGUAAUCUGCAGGUACUUAGAAAUUCUUAAUAGCAUAGAAUCGAUUAGAAGAGACAGAGAUGAUGUUCUAUCGACACAUUUCAAUGAACUGAGUACUUAUAACAUAAACGAACUGGAAGAUAGGAAUGCUGUGAUCAGAAGACUUAUAAACAAAGAGUUUACAUAUCCAAGUGCAUUUCUUGCAUCAUCUCUUGGGUUCAAUAAAACCACAUGGAAUCGUGAUUAUGAGAGGACUCUGAGAGAGAUAGGAAUGUACAAGCGUCCAAAAUACAGCACAUUAAGGAACAUGCUGCUGUUUGAGAAGCUCAAGUGGCUUGUUAUCAGGUACCAUGAGGCAAAGCAAAAGAGGAAGAAACAAUGA